CACACAGGAGAGAAACCAUAUGGCUGUGCUCAAUGUGGGAAGAGUUUUUCUACAUCUAGCCAUCUGACUGUACACCAGAGAACACACACAGGAGAGAGACCAUAUAGCUGUGAUCAAUGUGGAAAGAGUUUUGCCAAAUCUAGCCAUCUGACUGCACACCAGAGAACACACACAGGAGAGAAACCAUAUAGCUGUGAUCAAUGUGGGAAGAGUUUUGCUAAAUCUAACCAUCUGACUGCACACCAGAGAACACACACAGGAGAGAAACCAUAUAGCUGUAAUCAAUGUGGGAAGAGUUUUUCUACAUAUGGCUCUCUAACAAAACACAGGAGAACACACACAGGAGAGAAACCAUAUAGCUGUAAUCAAUAUAAUCCGUGCUGUGAUCAAUGUGGGAAGAGUUUUUCUACUCCUAGCUAUCUAACUAUACACCAGAGAACACACACAGGAGAGAAACCUUAUAGCUGUGAUCAAUGUGGGAAGAGUUUUUCUUCUUCUAGCUAUCUAACUAUACACCAUAGAACACACACAGGAGAGAAACCAUAUAGCUGUGAUCAAUGUGGGAAGAGUUUUACUUGGCCAAAAAGCCUGAAUAUACACAAGCGGACACACACAGGGGAA